AUGCCUCCUUGCCAAGCGCUGCGACUGACCCUCAUCGCUGUCUAUGGCCAGCUCCGGUACCAUGCCAUCGGGGUGCUGCUGUUGAUCGGGCAGCUGCGCGACCGCUCGCCAGCCGAGGCAGCCACCCAGCCGAUUGAUCACCAUGCCAUUGUGAACGCCUCAUCGGCCAUUUAUAGUGCCACGGCCGACAUUCACCAGUGGAUUUCGUGCUUGAAGCUGGCUGCCUGGCUGACCGGGCGCUUUGCUGAGCUGCACAACCGGCAGCCGGGGUUCUUCUUCCGGCUGUCGACGCGCAGCCCAAAGGACGCGGCCAUGAACCGGACGGGCUUCUCCGCAACCGAGCAAGCCAUCGGCCGCCUCCUCCGGAGGUACUACCCGGUGGCCCUGGGACUCGAAGCGUCGGCCAGUGUGGAGACCCAUGUUGGCCAGGUGUCGCAGCACCUCGCGGCCAUCCAACACCUGCUGGCUCGCACCCCGGCCGAUGUCCUCACUCUCCUGGUCGACAGCAAGCGGCUCAUGUACGAUGUGCGCGAGAAUGAGCUCCUCUGGGAGGCGCGCCAUCCCUGGUAUCAGAGUCUGUCGGACUCCGGACUCCUGCUGGCCCUGCGCGAGUGGCAGCCCAUCUGCCCCGAUUUGGAGCUCCGCCUCUUCGUGCGCUCCGGCGUGGUGACGGCCAUUUGCCCGACGGUGGCGUACUGUGUCUUCCCCUGGCGGCCGGCAUCCGCCUGGGAAGCCAUGGCUCGUAGUGCGAUGGCUUACUUUUCGGAUGUCCUCCGGGCACGCUUGCCGGUGGCAGACUGCAUCAUCGACGUGGCCUUCAUUCCCGGGAUGGAUGAGGACAGCGCCGCCUCUCGCACGGUACACCUGUCUGCCAGCCCCGGGCACCAACUAAUGUCCUUGCUGCUGGAGGGAGGGUCUGCUCCGACGACACUGCCGGCCGAGCUGGCCCCUCUCAACGAGGUGGCCCUGCGUCCGCUUGUGGUUGAGGUGAAUGCCUUUGGCUCGCUUCUCAGUGACAGUCUCUUCUGCUGGGAUAAGGACCAGGAUCUGCUGUACUGUGGCCCGGUCGAGCUUCGUUGUCGCGUGCUGGAGGAUGUCCCGCACGGCCUGCCUCUGGACGUGGUCCAUACUGUUCAACUUACCUAG